UGGAAGUUGUUGGGAGUUCACCCUGAUGUCAGUGUUGCUUUUGUAACCACUGUACUGCUGUUUGUGUCCAGAAACUGAGGAUAAUAACUCACAGGGAUGUCUUUGUCUUUCGACGGAAGAGUUGUGCUCGUCACCGGGGCUGGAGGAGGUCUUGGCAGGGAAUAUGCACUGGCUUUUGCUGCAAGAGGUGCCUCAGUUGUAGUGAAUGACCUUGGGACAGACACUAAAGGGGGUGGAAAGAGUUCUGCAGCUGCUGAUAAGGUGGUGGAGGAGAUAAGAGCGAAGGGAGGCAAAGCCGUGGCAAACUAUGACUCUGUUGAAGAUGGAGAAAAAUUGAUUCAGUCAGCACUGGAUGCAUUUGGAAGAAUAGAUGUUGUUGUAAACAAUGCUGGGAUCCUUCGUGACCGAUCAUUUCCCAGGACAAGUGAUUUGGACUGGGACCUGAUUCAAAGAGUUCACUUGAGAGGCUCCUUCUUGGUGACGCGAGCUGCCUGGAACCACAUGAAAAACCAAAAGUUUGGCAGAAUCAUCAUGACAGCUUCAGCCGCAGGCAUCUAUGGUAACUUUGGCCAGGCCAACUACAGCGCUGCCAAGCUGGGCAUGCUGGGGCUGUCAAACACCUUAGCCAUCGAGGGACGCAAGUACAACAUCCACUGCAACACUAUUGCUCCUAUUGCUGGGUCACGCCUCACAGAGAAUAUCAUGACCCCAGACCUUGUGGCGUCUCUGAAGCCUGAGCAUGUUGCUCCCUUGGUCCUCUGGCUCUGUCAUGAGCAAUGCCAAGAAAGUGGAGGACUGUUUGAGCUCGGCGCAGGCUGGAUUGGUAAAUUGCGCUGGGAGCGUUCUCAGGGCUGCACUGUGAGACAGAAGAACCAGCCCAUGACUCCUGAGGCUGUCAGGGACCAGUGGGACAAAAUUUGUGAUUUUACUGAUGCCACCAAGCCUACCAGCGUACAAGAGUCUCUCCAGUCGAUCGUGAGUGUGCUGCCUCAAGUGGAGUCAGAGGGAGAAGUUGGUGCGAAUCCAACAGCUGCUGCAGCCUCAACUUUAGGGAUCAAUCCUGCUGAGGCAGUGGGACGCAAAUUACCACCGUCCACCUUCAACUUCAGCCACACCCAGUGUAUCCUGUACGCGCUGGGGGUCGGCAUGUCCACCAAGGACCCAGACCAUCUCAGGUUCCUGUAUGAAGGCCAUGAACACUUCAGCUGCCUCCCUACCUUCGGGGUCAUUCCCUCCCAGGCAGCUAUGAUGGAUGGCGGUCUGAGCUCAAUCCCUGGACUCAACAUAGACUUCACACAGGUAUUGCAUGGAGAGCAGUUUCUGGAGCUUUAUAAACCUCUACCAACCUCAGGUACUCUAAUCUCUGAGGCCAAGAUAGCAGACAUUUUGGACAAAGGAUCUGGAGCUGUCAUCCUCUUGGAUGUGAACACCUACAGCGGAGAUGAGCUGAUCUGCUACAACCAGUUUUCAGUGUUUGUGGUCGGAGCUGGAGGAUUCGGAGGGAAGAGAACCUCUGAGAAAGCAAAAGCUGCUCUGCCCCCACCUAAACGGGCACCAGAUGCUGUGGUGAUUGAUUCGACCACAAGAGACCAAGCGGCCCUGUACCGGUUGAGUGGAGACUGGAACCCUCUUCAUAUAGACCCCAGCUUUGCUGCCAUGGGAGGCUUCCAGGCUCCCAUCCUUCAUGGCUUGUGCUCGUUUGGCUUCGCUGCAAGACAUGUCCUCAAGCAGUUUGCCGACAACGACCCCUCCAGAUUCAAGGCUAUCAAGGUUCGCUUUGCAAAGCCGGUGAUGCCGGGUCAGUCACUGCAAACUGAGAUGUGGAAGGAAGGCAACAGAAUUCACAUCCAGUGCAAAGUGAAGGAGACAGAUGCCAUUGUGCUCGCUGGGGCCUAUGUGGAUUUACAUGGUGCAUCAGAGGCUUCUUCAGAAAAUCUCACUCAAGGAGGGGAUCUUCGGAGUGAUCUGGUGUUUGCAGAGAUCGGGCGUCGUAUUAAAGACGUUGGCUCUGAGUUGGUCAAGAAGGUGAAUGCUGUGUUCAGUUGGGAGAUCGUCAACGACGGCAAGAGCGCUGCACAGUGGACCAUUGACCUGAAGAACGGCAGCGGUUCCUUGCACAAAGGCCCUUACAGCGGGAAAGCGGAUGUGACCUUCACUGUGUCGGAUAAAGACUUCAUGGAGGUGGUGCAGGGGAAACUCAACCCUCAGAAGGCCUUCUUCUCCGGCUUGCUGAAGGUUAAAGGGAACAUCAUGCUGAGUCAGAAGCUGGAGGUCAUCCUGAAGGACUACGCCAAGCUGUGAGCUCCUCAGCCAACCAGUCAGAUGACUUUCUCACCGACUAACCAACCUACCACCUCUCUCCAUUUGUCGGCUUUUAUUCUUCUGAUUCAUGAGUGUAGGCAAACGUUCAGCUGGUAGACUUAAAGCUACGUCAGAAUUAAUUUUCUAAUGUGAAUUGACUUUUACUGAAGUCAUAAACUGUACAGAGAUGAUAAAAGAUAUGGUUUUUUUUUUAUUGUAUCACUUUGGCUACAUUCACAUUACAGGUCAUCAAUGCUCAAUUUAGAUUUUCCCGAGAUCUGAUCAUUCUGCCUAGACUGUUAACAUUCAUGAUUAAAGAAACCCAUAUCUGACAUCAGUGAGAGCAGAUCGCUGCCCUGAAGCACCUCAUGCAGCCAAAAACAUCACACACCUCGUCCUAACAUACAGCGAGUACACAAACUCUGACUGUGAAAGAGUGUCCACAAGUACUACAAGCAACAGCAACAUUUAGGAAGCCUUUUGAGUCCUGGCCAAACAGUCUGCUGGUAUUGAGGGUUAUUUCCUCUCACUCAGACAAAGAAAGCUUUCAGAGAUAACUUUUGUUUAAACAUUUAAUUUUGAAUUCAGUGUUGAUUGCAUAAUGUAUUGGCUAACAAUAAAUAAAUACAUGAAUAAAAACAUUAAAAUUG